UUGGUGGAUCCAAUUUUAAAUUCUUUUCUUCAAUCUUGGAUUUUUUUUUCCUUUUAGGCUGGAAUUAUCUUCACAUCUCUGGAUUUUUGUUUCUCUAUUCCUUCAAAACCAAGAACCAAACUUUGUUCUAUAUCAAGUUUUUUUUGCUUUCAUCGCGUUUGGUGUUCAUUUUCAUCUGGUUUGAGAUUAAAACAUGGAAGGAAUCAUUGUGAGAAGAGUUAUACCAUCUGACAACAGUUGUCUCUUCAAUGCAAUCGGUUAUGUCAUGGACAAGGAUAAAAACAAAUCUCCUGAGCUCAGACAGGUGAUAGCAGCAGCAGUUGCAAGCAACAAGGAGAAAUAUAAUGAAGCAUUUCUAGGGAAGCACAAUGAAGAAUAUUGUGCUUGGAUUCUCAAUCCAGAGAAGUGGGGAGGUGCGAUUGAGCUGUCGAUAUUAGCAGAUUAUUAUGGUCGAGAAAUUGCAGCUUACGACAUUCAAACUAGUCGAUGUGACUUGUAUGGACAGACGAAAAACUACAACGAAAGAGUUAUGCUGAUCUAUGACGGUCUUCACUACGAUGCUCUCGCUCUGUCUCCAUUUGAAGGAGCCGAGGAAGAUUUUGAUAUGACUAUAUUUCCAGUUGGUAAAGAUAGAUCCAUCGGGUCAAUUGAAGGGCUUGUUUUGAAUCUAGUAAAAGACCAACAAAGGAAAAGGAGUUACACAGAUACUGCAAACUUCACUCUACGUUGCGGUGUUUGCCAAAUUGGAGUUAUUGGACAAAAGGAAGCUGUGGAACAUGCUCAAGCAACUGGUCAUGUCAACUUUCAAGAAUACAAAUAAGAGAAUGAUUGAUUUGAUUCUUUUAUACAAUUCCAAGAAACAAGAAAGUAAAUUACGAAAAUGAUGUGCUUAAUUUUAAUGUUGUGUGUCAACUAUUCAAGUUCAGUCUGUUGUGCAAUUAUCUUGUGUUGUUAUCUUUCUUUAGUUAAAUCCUCUUUAGGAGGAGGAUCAUUGUUGUCUCACCAAUAAUGUCAUGAAAAAGUUAAACCUCUUUGUAUUCAUUUUCUUUGUGUUAAAAACAAAAAUUUCCACUAUAUGUGCAGAGUAGUUGGAUA